CGCCAUCCCUGCGCAGCUAGCGGGGAGCGCCCGCCCCACGGGCUCCCCCAUGGCGGCGGCCCCCGUGGGGGGGGAGGCGGGGGGUAGGGAUAGGGCCCCGCGCCCCGUGCCCACUGUGCAGAGAGAAGGUGGUACAUUGGAUGAGGCAACGAGAAAAGAUCUUUUCACAGACACCUUCUGUAAAGUGUGCGGGGCUGUGCUGCAGUUUGAGUCACAAAGAAUUUCACAUUACGAGGGCAAAAAGCAUGCUCAGAAAGUUCGCCUUUAUUUUCAAAUGCGCAGUGAGCAAGAUGACGGACAAGAACCUGGCAAACAGAAGAGACCAGAUUAUGUGAACUUUCAGGUGGAUGGGAGUGGAGUAGUGGACAAAAACAAAUAUUGCAAUCUUUGCAACAUGAUUUUUACUUCUCCAGUUGUUGCUCAGUCUCAUUACCUGGGGAAAAUACAUGCCAAAAAGCUGAAGCAAUUAUCAGGAGACCAACCUCAAGUGCCUGCACAGAGCACUCAACCACAAACAGGUUCCCCCGCUGGUCCUUCUACAUCUCUGGCACCACAGCAGCCCUCCGCUGAGAAGCCCUCCCAGGAUCCUAAUGUUGAAGAGUCCACGUCAUCCUCUAGCAUUGCUUUGGAUUUAAAUGAUCCAGACAAGUAUUGCAAGCUCUGCUCAGCUCCCUUCAAUAAUCCAUUGAUGGCCCAUCAACAUUAUGUUGGCAAGAAGCACAAAAGGAACGAAGCCCGGAAGAAGAUGAUGGCGGAGAUGGGAGAGGAAGCUGUUCCUGCAGAAUCCAGUGCAAAUGCAGUUGGAGUUGGUAACUACAUAUGUCCUAUAUGUAACAUCACUCUUACGUCUAUAGAAAUGUACCAGUCCCACAUGCAAGGAAAUAAACAUCAGAUUAAAGAAACCAUGGUUGUCAACCUCAUAAAGAAUUCAAAGAAAACAUAUGACUCCUUUCAAGAUGAAUUAGAAGAUUACAUUAAAGUGCAAAAAGCUAGAGGACUAGAACCAAAAACAUAUUUCAGAAAAGCAGAGGAGGAAGAGUUUGAAAACUACGAGUUAGAAGCAGUAAAUGAUUGUGAUGAUAUUGUAUCUUCCGAUGUUACAUUUGAACAAGGACAGCAUUCCAUCCUCUUCUCAGAAACAUAUAUAUCAUCACAUGCUGUUGAAAACAGAUCGCUGUGCUGGUCACCAGCUCAUGAGAAUAGGCUAAGACUAGAAAACAUGGCUAAAGGUCAUGACAGCAAGGAAUAUUAUUCAGAAACGCAAACAUCUCAGGUGACCCCUUUCAAAGAUGACAGCUAUGGCCUAUCAUCUGCAGAAUCCAGUGACUGCUACAAACACAUCUCUUCUGAUAAUAGCACCCACUCCUAUAGGAAAGGCCGAAAGCUUCGAAGGAAACAUGAAGAGGGGGAAAGACACACUGGGGAAGGAGAAGAGAAACACAACAAAGAAGCCACAAAGCAGAAGAAAAAGGAAAACAGUGAAGACACAGAUUCUGGAAAGGACAGUGAAAUGCAAAAGCGAAGAAAGAUUGAUACAGAUUCAACUCACGAGAAAAAAUCAAAGCACAGUAAAGACAAAAGAAUUAAAGAAAUACCCACUGAGAAGGAGAGUAGAAAGCACAAAAAGGAUAAAAGGAAACCACAGCCUGAUGGAAAAACAGAAGAAGAGAUACUUUGGGAUGAAUCUAUCCUGGGAUUCUAAUAGAGGUUUUGAUUAACUUUAUGAAAUCGGUAUUUUUUGUAGUCUCUCUUAACCAUGGUGUACUAUGUUAUGACUCAAUAAUUUUUGUCCCACUCUGUGGAAGCGAGAAAAAGCCUGACUUCUGAAACUAUUGGGUAGUAGGUAUGAAUCAGCUUUUAAUAAUCUCAUACACACAACAGUCAUACAACAACGUGAAUUGAAAGCCUAUAAUCUGUUCUGGAAUGUACUUCAAAUAUGGGUCAGUAGCUAUAGCAUUCCUUUUGGAGUUUUAUCACAAUGAAUUGUCUCUUCCAAAUCAUAUUACUGGCAUUAAUAUGGAGAAUUUGGUGGUUAUUCCAUUAGUAUACAGAAUCUUGUAAAAUAAAUGACAAGUACACAGUGUUCCCAACCCUCCCUGUUCCAGUUUCACUAAAGGCUUUUAAAGGGGAAUGUGAAAAAUAUUUAGGUUUUUUGGUUCCAAUUAUUUACAACUGUUAUUUUUUUCACCCAGUUCUGAGUGAAGAGAGAGAGUCUA